UCUUUCAGAGGGUCGGCUUCUAUUUGUCAGACAAAGCGAAUUAGAGGCCGGCGUGUAUUUGAGUCUCGGCGUCUAAUAGGGGAAUUACUGUACGUUCAAUUAAACUUGGCGGCAACACAGAGUGGAUUGAGGCUUAUUAACGGGGACAUAAACAGAUAAACAGACGACUACAUCAUGGUGGAUGUCAGACUGUACUCCCAUGCUGUAUGGACGUACUCGAGAACGCCAAUCCACACAGACUACUAUCUAGCUGACAAUGACAUCCGGGCCACCACAAACCGAGGGUGUCGGGGCGGACGAAGUCGUGGAGACGGGGGUCGGGUGUGGGGACUGGAUGUGUGGCGUGAUCUGCAGAAGAGAAGACGGUGGGUGGUCUCAAGCGUACCCAACUGGUUGCUGAACAUAAAUGUCAACACAAGCGAAGGGACAACCCGCAGCAGUGGGAACACACGGGACAUUAACAUCACGGACGGACUUUCUCAUGGCAUCUACCUCACAAACAGGAUCAGACGCCCGUGCACAGUGGAGAUUCCGAAUCCUCUUGUUAACGUGAACACCCGAGACGGUGUCUUCCUUCACGAGGGGCGGGCUAGGGUGGAGCGACUCCGACGGCAGUCACCGUUCUACCCUGCUGUCAUUGCAAUACACCUGGAUCUCCCUGACAAGGAACCUUUCACAAAGUUCAAGGAGUUGUCACGCCAUCUUGCACGUGUGGUGGAAGAACCGGAUGAUAGAGGGUUCUUCUUCUGGUUCAUCAAACGUCAGAAAGGACAAUGGAAUACACCAAUUAAAGACUCCUUUGCGUAUUUCAUAGAUUUCAAACGGGAGGACAUGAAGUACAAGAUACACGCUGGGGAUUGUAUCAAGUUUGUAGUAGUGAUCCGUGAGAGGAAUCCUUCGUCUUCUCCACUGCCUUCUCAAAACUCUUCAUCGAAGACUUCUCCAGCUUCUUCUCCACUUCCUUCUUCCAGCAUGGAUAGGAGGCAUUCUUCACCUUCUCCAGCACCUUCUCCAGCACCUUCAACAACACCUUCUCCGCAUCCCCCGCAUCCCCCUCAUCCCCCUCAUCCUCCAAGACCUCACACACGGGACAGAACGGUUCAAACUGACCGAUCUCACACACGGGACACAACGGUUCAAACUGACCGAUCUCACACACGGGACAGAACGGUUCAAACUGACCGGAUAAUUACAAAGACCCGACAAAAUCAAACAAGAGAUGAAAACAGAAUCCAAAACCACAAACAAGUACAAACCAGUGAACCGUCAAUUGUCGUACUCGAUCCAACCUUUUAUGAUGAUGAGGUAGUUCUGGCCCGUUGGGAGGAUGACCGAUGGUACUACAAGGGGAAGAUUGUCCAGCGCCAUGAUAAAAACUGUUACUCUGUGGAGGAUGUCACAGGCCGACGUGACGUCAUUAGUAGUAAGCACAUCAUCCGGACAACUGACCAUUACGACGCUGGGUCUACUAUCAAGAGGGACAGUGUCCAAGUGCUGGCCCCCCAUCCUGUAUAUUACUGGAGCUACGCCCCUGGCAGGGUCAUAGAAGCGAUUGGUCAGAAACUGACUGUCCGGUUCUAUGACAACAAUCAGACAAACAUCGAGAAAUGGGACGUGUAUCCUGCCAGGAACCGAGAGAAACAUCUCAAGGACGUGGAGGACAUUCGCCAGCGAGAGAAAGACUGGGAGGGAAAGGAGGCCGUCAUCAGAGACGAGUCAGGGGUGUACAGACUGGGUAAAGUUGAAAAACAGAUAGGACGUCAGCAGAGGUACACCGUGACAUGGGAGGAUGGCAAGUGCGGUGAACAGAUGUCCAUCCACAUCUAUGGAACCUUCUCCAAGAUGAUCAAGUUCAAGGUCGGCAGCUACAUCCUGGCACUUGCUGACCCUGACGACAACUAUUUCCUUCCGGGUGAAGUGACAAGGGUCCACGAAGAUGGAGAUGUUCAAAGGCUACACGUGGUGUUUGUCAAUGGGAAAAGGUCAAAGGAUGCCCUCUCCACGGAUAGUUACUGGAUGAAUAAGAUGGCCUACACUGAGGCGGAGGAGGUGUUUCUGACGCAUCACCCCGACAGUAGUGACGAGGAAGAGUUCUCUCGUUAAGAGUCGGCUGCACUCAGCUCAUCUCCAUCCCAUGUAUGUCAUCUCGGAUAACAUCUGGAGGAAUCCAUAUUGAAACUAGAUUUACCAGUUUCACACUUCGCGUGACUAUGACAUAAUAAUAUGGCACAAUUUCUUUCUCAAAAUCGGCCGCCAUGUUGUACGAACUUUUCGCCAAGGGAUCAGUCGGUGUGCGGUCUACGGUGAAUUCAUGCAAUGUCUCUACACCAUUGCUGCCCGAGGUAUUAUGUAGGUGACGGAGUUUCCCGAGUGGAAUUGAAUGGACUAUACUGCUUGUUAAAACAUCUUCUUCUCUGUUUCAUCAACGAGUUUUUUUAAAUGAAACACGAUAACAAACGUUGAAGAGCAGUUACGUUUAUUUACAAAUAGUCAACAGUACAUUUGAGAGUGUGAACAUAUCAUUGCUACUUCAAUCAAGCGGGGUGGUUUUCAAAUACAGUAAACUACGGUUAUAACGAACUCAAAGGGACCACUAAUUUUAGUUCGUUAUAGCCGUCAGUUCGUUAUAAGCGUGUUCGUUAUAAACGUAGUUUACUGUAUACCAAUUGCUGAUAGUAUCAUAGACAGUAAAACCCCGUUAAUCCCGACAGUGUGGACUCUAGUGAACUAUACCGG